AUGUUUCGCAGUGCUAGGCUCUCACUAAUAAAGAAGAGAGAUAGUUUGACUAGAACUUUGAGCAAAAAUGGGUUGGUUAAGGGUGGUGGAAGUUUAAAACGUAGUAUGACUACAAAAAAAGCAAAAAGAGAUGUUGCAGAGUUUGUAUCUUUAGAAGAAGUUCAUUUAAUAGUAAAGAGAUGUGAUAGUAUAGAAAAUAUUAGGCGUCUUAUUAGUUUAAUGUUGCAAGAGGACCGUACCCAAUUUGAGGAAGAGGUCAAAGAACAAAGUAUUCAUAACGUUAUAUCAGCAAUGAAAUGGGCUUUAAGGCAUAGUUCUACAGCCCUUGUUCCUUAUCAAUAUUAUGAAGAAUUCGUUAGAUAUGAACAAGAGUGGGAUUAUGAUCCAGGCAAAGGUUCCUUCAAGCAAUUCCUUUGUUACCUUCCUAAACAAAAUCAAGAAAUUCUUACGGAACUAUUUGAAGUUUGCUCUCAAGUUACUGCUGAAUCUCACAUUAAUAAAAUGUCGGUACAAAGAAUAGUAAAGUCUUUAGCUCUUUGCAUAUUGAGUGAUCAAGAGAAUUCUUUGCAAAAUUUUGAUACCGCUUAUUCAGAAUGGAGAAAAUGUUCAAGUGCUUGCCUUCACCUCUUUCUUGCUUACUUACGUGAACUAGAUUAUUCUUCUCCUGAACCUCUAAACCCACGCUUAACUAUAUUACUAGAUAAUUACGUAGAAUAUCGUAAAAUGUCUGUCACUUCUGCUUAUUUUGAACAUCCUUUACCUGAUAUUACUGUCGAUGAAAUUCCUAAAAUUCCUAAUACUAGAUCUCGUAAACAAUCUGUUGUAACUUUUGCUCAAACAACUGAAAUUACAACUUCAAGAGAAAGAAUAAGAACUUUUGUUGAAACUUCAGAUUCUCGUCCUGUUAGUAUGUUAAGAGUUACUAGACAAAUUCCUUCCUCCGAAAUAACUGCCGAAACUAGAACUUUUAAAAGUCGUACCAUUGUUAAUCCUAUGAUGACAAUUGACGAAAAACAAAAUGUUGAAAAAAUGUGGCAACAAUUUCAAAAUAAUGGUAUAGGUUCUUUAUCUGAUGAUUUCUUGAAAUUAUACUUUUCUAUUGAAGAAAAAGCUCGAGCUGGUCCGAUAAAUUCUACUUAUGAUUUAAUGUUCAACGAUUUUUCUAGAAAAGGUUUCAAGAGUUUUCAUUUGGAUUUACCUAAAAUUGUUAUUGAUGACACUAUGACAUCAGAUCAAACAUCUGAUCAAAUUUCAUUAGAUCAAACUUUAAAUCAAUCAUUAGAUCCAACUUUAUUAGAUCCAGAAACAAUUCCUCAAGAUGAUAAUUCUAUUGAUGGAAUGAAAAUGUUGAGAAAUGAUUCUGGAAUUUCUGUUAGAGACUCUCUGGUUUGGGAUAAUUUCUCCGAGAGUGGAUUUAGAGAUUCCCGUGAUGAUUUAACGGAUGUUAAACCUCCAUCAAUAAGAGAAUCUAUAUCUGAUAUUAAUAAAAAAGGUUCUAAUAUAUCAUUUGAUAUUGAUGAAGAAAAUAUGACAAGGAGUUCUGUACAAAGUUCGGUAAUUUCGGGAAGAAAAUCUAUUAGAGAUAGCAUAAAAGGCAGAAAGAAAUUAGUUAAAUUCCGUUCAUUAAAAAAAUCAAAAACUCGUUCUAUUGAUUCACAUUCUUUUGUUUCAGAAAAUAAUUCAGAAAAUGUAUUUUCUGAUGAUGAUAAAGAAGAUUGGGAUGAUUGGGAUAUUAUUAGUAGUGAAGAUUUACCUAUAACUACUCAUUUAUCAAUUGAAACUGUUGAUGAAAUCUUUCCUUACGUUUGGAUGGAAACUACGGCAAGUGAUCAAGCUGAUCGGUGGGGUGAUUGGGUUUUCAUUGAACCAAGAAAAGGAUUAGUACAUGAAUGCGAAUGGGUUAUGAUUGAAGAUAAAGCACAAGUAUUCUCUGAACAACAAGUUGCAAGAACAUCUAGGAGAAGAAAGAUGAGCGCUAUAAGCACAUUUAGUAUUCCAUGGAUUAGAGGAAAAGGAAAAUCAAGACCUGUAAGCAAAGUUAGUAAAAUAAGCGGAAUUAGUGGUGCAUCAAGUGUAUUACCACCACCUCCAGCUUCUUUGGCACAAUUUAAUCGAGCUAGAACUGAUGAUGAUAUGAAUUUAUUCACAAAUUACAAGUUUGGAAGACAAAAAAGUGCUACUAAGAUAACGAAAAGAAAUUUGAAUGAUCCAAUAAAGUGGCAAAACAUGACGCAAACCUCACAUACGGUACAAGCAGAAUACGCUGUAGAAAAUGAAAUGGGAGGAAUGACGUACAAAGAAUAUCAUCAUGAGACAGCAACAGAAUAUACUCAAGGAUACUUGAAUGAAGAACAAUAUUAUGAUAAUUCAGAAGAAGCUUAUGAACAACCUCAAACAAAUUCAAUGUAUCAAGAUAACCAAAAUGAAUAUCAAGAAGAUGCAUAUUUAGAAGAUGGGUAUCAACAAGAAUACAAUGAAACAGAAAAUCAGGAUCAGAUAAUUUAUAAUAAUUAUAAUUACUCAGAUGAGAAUACGAUAAGUUUCUACGGCCAACCAUCAAUACUACAGGCUUGUUUAACGGGAGCGGGAUCUCGUUUACCAUUUUAA